AGCUAAUACUCUAUAACAGGAACAGACCGACACCUGCGACGUAUCCACAGAGCUGUUGAACUGAUACGCAAACAACAAGAUCAGCUAUUUUUCUGUUUGGAGUCAAGAGAAAACAAAAUCUAUGUGGAUUUUUAUUCUGCUGUGGGAGGAAACUGUAAAGACACUUAAUCUUGACCACUGGAUGUGCUGGGCAACUUUAAUGCAAGAACAAUCCAACAAAAGGACCUAAAAAGAAGCUAAUUUGAAGAUGAGUAUGAACAACAGCACCAGGAGCUGUGAAAGAAACGAUGAGUUCAAGUAUCCGAUGUACAGCGUCUAUUUCAGCGUCGUCUUUUUGCUGGGAUUUCUCUUCAACAUGACAGCGAUGUACAUCUUCGGAUGUAGAUUGAAGCUGAGGAACGAGACCACGACCUACAUGAUCAACCUGGCGGUCUCAGACUCCCUCUUCGUUUUCACGUUGCCUUUUCGGGUCGUGUACUUUACUAAACGUAACUGGAUAUUUGGACCUGUGUUUUGCAAGAUCUCUACAGCUCUCUUCUACACAAACAUGUACGGCAGCAUCCUCUUCCUCACUUGCAUCAGUGUUGACCGCUUUCUGGCCAUUGUGCACCCGUUCCGGUCCCGGGCAAUUCGGACCAAGAGGAAUGCAAAAUUGACCUGCAUUCUGGUGUGGGUGAUGAUUCUCUCUGCAAGCAUACCCACAGGCAUCAACCUGGACACCACCUCUGUAAAUAACAGCAAAUCCGAGACAAACUUUUGCUUUGAGAACUACUCCAAAGAUCAGUGGAAAAGCGAACUGUUUAAAGUGGUGGUGUUUAUAGAGACAAUGGGCUUCGUUCUCCCACUGAUGAUCAAUGUUUUUUGUUCCACCAUGGUGCUAUGGACCCUGAACAGACCCCAAACCAUCAGCCGAGGAGGAAGCAUCAAAAAGGCCAAAAUCUUGCGGAUGAUCAUCGUGCAUCUGUUAGUCUUCUGCUUCUGUUUCAUCCCGUACAAUGUGAACCUCAUCUUCUAUGCCCUGGUCCGCUCCAAGGUCCUCAAGGGAUGCACGGCAGAAGACGUGGUCAGGACUAUUUAUCCCAUCGCUCUUUGCCUGGCAGUGACCAACUGCUGCUUUGACCCAGUUAUUUAUUACUUUACCUCAGAUGCAAUUCAGACCUCCAUCAAACAAAAAGCGACAGUAUCAUACAGUGGAGCAUUUAAUAGGCUGCAGACGGAGAGCUCUCAGAGCAGCCCUAACUUGACACCAAAGAGCCUUACAGGGAAUAGUCUCCAAUUUAAAGCACCUGACAAUAAUUAACUCCAUCCUGUGUUGUAGCAUCCUGCUUGGAAUUAAAUGACAACAUCUGAGCGAAUUUGAAUCCCAGACAAGGAGAUGUUUCCAUUCCCCACAGAGACUUUGGACUUCUAACUGCGCUCUGGCAGGGAAAUAAGUCUUACCCAACUGUUGCAACAUGCAAAUUUUCACCAGGUGAACAAUUUACAACAUGGGUAAUAAACUCUAUAC